CUCUAACUAAUAAUUAUACCCUAUUGACAUCAGUUUUACUGCUACUACAAUCUUGGAUGCGUAUAAAUUAUUUAUCCUACUAUUCUUGUAUGUCAACACUCAAGUAAAAGUCGGUUUGUACAGAAGUGAUGUCGUUGAUGCUGAGAGUUGCUCAUAUAUUUUUAGUGUGUCGUGAGGUUAUUUGUGUGGCAGAAAUAUUGAAGUUAGAAAGUAUCGAUGGGCAUUAAUUUCAAUCACAGUGCGAUUGUUUUAUAAGCUCUGCUAAUAGUAUAAAUAACGAAUAUUGUGGGAAACGCAAGUCUUCAAUUCUGGUGGUGCAGUCACACUAGGUAUGGAUCGAUUAAAAAAGUGGAUGUGCGGUAAUUUAGUUUAACAUUUGAAACAACGUUACUGUAGUCCAAUCAUUUGGUAGUAAUAACUAUUGCGUUAGAUAGAGGACAUUCUCAGCAGAACUAAACCUGUUGAAAAAAUAUGAAAUAAUUAUUAACGAAAAAGUGAAGCGGUUAUUACCAACAGCAGUUACUAGUUCCGUAUUCUUCGAAAGUCAAGACAUCACAAGUACAUGUAAUAAAUGUAAAAACUUGAAAGUACAAAUAGCCAUCUUGUAAAACAACGACAUCGCUAUCAUCCAGUAGCUAUGAUGCAAUAACAACCAAUUAAUAUGACGACUAUAUUUUCAUGUAUCAAUUAUGAAUACUGACGACUCUAUUCCAAAAUACACUGUUUAACCAAAUGAAAGGGAUUUUGUUAUUAACAGAAGAUUAUGUAAUAGGAUAAUAGCAUAAGUGCUCCUGACAUCUCCAGCACACGAUUUUUAUGAUGACCUUCGAUUAAAGUUUAUAUAAAUAUAAACUUGAGCGAACUAUCAAGUUCCAUCAGUUCGCGAAAAUAUGGAUGAACAGAUCAGAGGUUGGUUGCAAGGCGUACCAGAACGGGAAGGCUUCGCCCAAUACGAAAUCAGAAGAACCGGAGCUACAGGCAAGAACGACGGGUACAUCGGCGACAUCGUUUUCGUUACUGUGUCCGGGAUGACAAAGGAUAAGCAAGAAAAACAGCUGGACUUGGUGAUCAAGGUGUCCAAAGACAACCAGUACCUGAGAGAUAAUUUCAUAAUAGUACCGGCGUUCAAACAAGAAAUACACUUUUACGACAAGGUGCUGCCAGAGUUCGAAAGCUUCCAGGAGGAGAAAGCGGUAAAACAGAUGUUCCAGUCGUUCCCGAAAUACUACAUGAGCCUUGAAUUACCUAAAAGGGAGGUUAUAGUGCUGCAAAAUGUAAAGACGCUGGGGUACGAACUACAUAAUAGAGAAAAAACUAUGAACUUUGAACAUACAAAAGCUGUACUGACAGAAUAUGGGAGACUGCACGCCAUUUCUUUCGCGUUGAGGGAUCAACGUACGGCUACGUAUGAAUCAUUAGCAGGUAAAUGCAAGGAUUUAUUUUUGGAAUUUAUGCGACUUCCAAAGUCACAGGAUGCAUUCAAUCACGAAUUCAAGAAAGUGUUGAACAUUUUGAAGGAAUUCGGAGAGGCCGACUUGUACCGCAAAUUUUCCAAAUAUCAGACAACAGGCGCCAAGACGUUUAUGGAAAUGUGCGAGAUGAUAGAACCACAGAACUGUUUUGCACACGGAGAUGGGUGGAAUAAUAAUUUUAUGUUCAAGUAUAAGGACAGCACCAAAUCUAGCCCUUCCUCGGUUUGUAUUCUGGACUGGCAGGCAUCCGUAAUCCGUACACCGGUCUAUGACCUCUCUUACUUCCUUUACUCCAGUUGCUCUCACGUCCUGGACCGAUUUGAGGAACUGCUGCAUAUCUACCACGACAGCUUCUCAAAUUUCAUCCGACAACUAGGUAGCAGCCCGGAUAUAUUCACGUUUGAGGAUUUGAAGAAACAUUGGAAGAAGUACUCGAUUUCGGGAGCAUUGUUUUUACCGUUCCUACUUAAAUUCGUACUAGCUGAAGAGCACGAUGCUCCUGAUUUCAAUGACAUGGAGCACGGACAAAGCAUUUCCGAUUUGGUUGACAUCACUUUGACAGAACAUGCCAAACGGCAGUAUUAUGAUAGGGUUAAGGCUGCGUUUCAACAUCAAAUCGAAACCUGCUCAGACUAACGGCCAAAGAUAAUAAGAACGUAUAAAAACCAGGAGUAUUAAUCGGAAUGAGCCUUGAGGGUGGAUAGAAAGAGAUGUGCAAGAAAAAACGAUAUCGGAGGUGUGAAACUGGAUUCAUCAAUCAUCGUAGCUGUUGGGGUGACGAGUUCAAACACACAUUCAUCCAGUUGCCAUUCCUAUGAAUGUAUCCAAAAUACGAUGUCUAUUAGAAAUAUAUGUUAAGGUGUUGAAAGUAAAACUUAUAAUGUGUUAUGGUAUAUUUAUUUAUAUAAUUUGGCGAGUAAAAACAUUCAUGUGGCUCUUCAGCCUCCCU